AUGGAUGCUUACUCGAUGUCAAUUAGUAGCGCUUCUCGGAGAGUCACCUCGAAGCUGUAUCAAGAUCUGAAGACAGCCAGGCUUUACACUUUUGACAGAUCACAUAAGGAACUGGGCAUCAUGGAUAGAGUCUUACAGGUACCUGUGUUCGAAUCUUUGGAUCCGAAUAGAAAACCACACAUUGGGAUUGUCGGUGCUGGUUUUGCAGGUCUUCGAUGUGCAGAUAUCCUCAUUCGAUAUGGCUUCCGAGUGACGAUCCUUGAAGCCCGUAAUCGCCUCGGCGGCAGGAUACAUCAAGAAAGGCUCCCCAGCGGCAAUCUGAUAGACAUGGGCGCCAACUGGAUCCAUGGCACUGAUGAUAACCCGAUCCUGGAUCUGGCAAAGGAGACCAAGACACACACUGGGGUCUUUGACAGCGAAUCGUAUGUUUUUGACGAAGACGGCACACUUCUAUCUGCACAGGAGGGAGAGAAAUUCUCAACGGUCAUGUGGAAUAUCAUUGAAGAGGCUUUUGAGUACUCUGAGAAGCACGGGACUCAAAUAGACGCGGACAAGACGCUGUUAGACUUCUUCAAGGAGCAAAUUCUCAAGCAAAUACCCGAUACACUAGAGGGAUAUGAACGACAGAGGAAAUUUGUCCUGCAGAUGGCCGAUCUUUGGGGGGCUUUUGUUGGCAGUCCAGUUGAGACACAGAGUCUCAAGUUCUUCUGGUUAGAAGAGUGUAUUGACGGUGGUAAGACAUCUUCAAGAGCUAACUCGUAUCACGCCGACACUGACAUUACAACAGAAAAUUUGUUUUGCGCUGGGACCUACCACAAAAUCCUGGAGAGGGUAGCGAAGCCAGCUGUUGAUGGCGCUGAUAUUCGAUAUGGAACGCGGGUAUCGGAGAUAUACGGAAAAUCUACAUCACCCAAUGGAACUCCCAGGGCGAUGACUGCCGAUGGCCAGAUACUCGAGUUUGACGAGCUGGUUGUCACCACACCGCUUGGAUGGCUCAAACAGAACACUCACGCCUUCCACCCUCCUCUUCCAGAUCGACUAUCCAAAGCCAUCCAGAAUAUUGGAUACGGAUGCCUAGAGAAGGUGUACAUCUUCUUCCCAACUGCCUUCUGGCUUACACCUGAUGCAAAUGGACGGAAAGUCCAAGGAUUUUGCCAAUGGCUUUCGCCAAACUAUUCCAAAGACACCAAUCCCGCCGGUUGGACCAACGAGAUCGUCGAGCUCGCCUCCAUGGGGCCUUCUUCUCAUCCGACGUUGCUAUUCUACACAUACGGCGAUGAAUCACGACAUAUCACAUCCACCUUGCGCUCUCUGCCCUCGCAGAAAGAGAAACUCGACUUUUUGUUCAACUUCUUCAAGCCAUACUACUCACGGCUACCGUCAUACGACGAGAACAACCCCGACUGCCACCCUGUAGUUGCGGUAGCCACUGACUGGCUUGGUGAUGAUUUGGCGGGGAAUGGCAGCUAUGCCAACUUCCAGAAGGGGCUCAAGGAGGGCGACAAAGACAUCGAGAUCAUGCGGCAGGGAAUAUCGGGUGAGGGGAUCUGGCUGGCGGGGGAGCACACCGCGCCGUUUGUUGCUCUGGGGACUGUGACAGGGGCUUACUGGAGCGGGGAGGGGGUUGCAAAGGAGGUGGCGGGGAGUUAUGGGAAGAGGAUGGCGGAGAAGCUUGGAAAGGAGGAUGCCAUCACCAACUGA